CACCGUCCCACAAACCACACCAAACCGUUGUGUUUUCUGGAUUAAAUGACAGCACUUGAAUCACUCCAGGUUGCUCUUCCUCCCAAAUGCGAAAAUAUUGCUUGUUUACAGACCCAUUGAGUCAGAAAUGGGCCUCAUCGCUGAACAAAAUCUGGCUCGAAAACGUCGGAUCUUCUUAGAACUUAUCCAGAUCCCAUAGAGCGAAGGUCCAAGAAAGAGAAUGUACAAGAAGUCGUCGUCAUCGUCAAAUUUUUAAACCUAAAUAUAUUUGAAAAAUGGACAUCUUGGUCAAAUAAUUUUUUACAAAUCAUUGCUUUAGGUAAGGAUUAGUCUAUGUGGUUGUUGUAGCAGCAGAAAACAUAUCUAAAGUAAUUUCGGGGAAUGGUGCAAGUUAACAGUCCUUGAACGAAUAAUAAACUGGGUCCGUUCCGGUUACUUAGCGCCGACUGUCGUGGAAACGGAGAAUUAAUCUAUCUUCAAUUGGGGUUCGUCAGAUCAGUGGUCCAUGCUGAUAAAUCAGUCAAGUCAGACUAAUUCUUUUUUUUUUUAAGCACCCUUUAUGUAUAUUUACGCAUGGCUAACUAAGGCCAUUUUCGGCCCGACAGCUUCAUGUAUUUUUCUCGCCACUGUUACUUAAUAGUAAACAAUCCGCAAAAACAUUAGAAGACAAGCAGGUUAUGGGUAAGCGGUAGAUUGCAUCAUUGAAACAUUCAGGUGAGCAACAACAAUACUUACCCAGGGACAUACAGACACAAUUUUGGAAAAGCGAGAUAAACUAAAUGAAAAGAGAGCGUUAGCGCAAGAGAGCGUUAUUGCAACAAGCGUUUCCCGCCAAAUUUGCAAAUGUUGCGAAUAACUGUAAAGCAGAAAUUUAUUAAUAUCUCAAGCACCACUUUACAAUGGUUUAUUAUGCGUGUGUGUGUGUAUGCUGCCACAAAUUGUUGCACAUAGCCGCAUAGAGUCGCUGAAGCAGAGCGUCAAUGGAAUGCUCACUGGAAAACUUGUUUUCUUAGGAUGUUGAUGUUGUUUUCGAAUAUCACCGCUAUCAACCAUUUACUUUCGCACAACACUUUUCACUUUCAUUCGGCUCGGUGGAGUGUUUGCAUGGCAGCAACGCGGAAAAUCUAAAUUUUAUUGAAAUUACAAAACAAAGCAACAACAACAAAGUAGUUUAUGCAAUAAAUACCUGCAUAUAUGUAUAACAGUUUGUAGACGCAUUACUGAAGCAGUAUGUCCGCACCCGAGGACUUCUACAAGGACGCAGAGAUUUUUGUAACGGGCGCCACUGGCUUCGUAGGCAAAACGCUGUUGGAGAAGUUGCUUUGGAGUUUUCCACAAAUCGCUCACAUCUACAUGUUAAUACGCGAGAAGAGCGGCCAGACGGUGGCGCAACGUUAUCAGGAUUUUGUGCAACAUAAAAUUUUUGAACGCCUGCGCACGCAUUAUCCGGAGCGGCUGGAAAAACUGGUCUACCUGAAGGGUAACAUUGAGUGUGACGAUUUCGGUUUAAGUCCCUCGGACCGCCAUCGCUUGUGCACGCAUGUGCAGAUCAUUUUCCAUAGCGCCGCCACAGUGCGCUUCAACGAGCGCUUGAAAGUCGCCGCACGCGUGAACGCCAUCGGCACUUGGCAUCUGCUGGAGUUAUGCAAGGAAAUGCCACAGCUAAAGAGCUUCGUCUACGUCUCGACGGCGUACUGCAAUCCGGGACGUAAGUUCGUCGAUGAAUUGAUAUAUCCCACUUUGCCGCCCGUCAACUGGAAAAUGUUUGUUGAUUGCACCAACAAAAUACCAGAUGCUUAUUUCAAUAGCUUAGCCAACUAUAUUAAGGGUCCGCAUCCGAACACUUACACCUUCACCAAAUCGAUCGCCGAGCAAAUAGUGAAUGAUUACAAACAGUGUAUACCAAUUGUAAUCGUACGUCCAUCGAUCGUGACAGCAGCGCAUCGUGAACCAUAUCCCGGCUGGAUCGACAACAUACAGGGCAUCACCGGCAUUAUGAUGGAAAUCGGAAAGGGUACAAUCAGCAGCAUAUUAGGUGAUAAGGACAUCAUUUGCGAUAUAAUACCGGUGGACUUUGUGGUCAACACAUUAAUAUUGAUGGCACAAAAGGCGACGCUGGGCAGAGUUUACAUUGCCAACGCCACUUCGGGUGUUACGAAUCCCAUUACAUGGGCGCGCCUAGGCUGUCUGACGCUAAAGUGGUCACGCAUCUAUCCGACCAAGCGUAUUUUGAUGUAUCCAUACUUCAAGUACCGAAAAAGUUUCAUGUUACACGAAAUCGCCGUUAUUUUACUACACUAUGUGCCCGCUUUAUUGAUGGAUCUGCUGACCUUGUUGCGGCAGAAACGAAAAUUUGUUUUGCCGAUUGCAAAAAAAUUUAGACAAGCUUGCUUGGCUGGUCGCACAUUCUCGCUGAAUGAGUGGAUUUUCAAAAACCAAAGUCGUUACUACUUUCAAGAAUUGCUGCAGAGUACAACCGCACAACAUUUAACAUGGAACUUGGAAGCCCUCGACUAUGAUAACUAUAUAAGAGAGUUUGUAAUCGGCAUACAGAAGUAUCUGCAUCGUGAGCGCUUUCAGGAGAACGCCAGUAAAUGGAAGGUCACACGCUUAUACUGGACCUGGGCGUUUAUGCACAUAUUUAUAACUCUAUUAGUGGUUUACUGUUUAUUUUAGAAUAAGCUGCUAAGUAAUAGAAAGUUUUUUUUUGUUAUGACAUAACGAAUAUAUUGUAAAUCAAAAAUUUAAAAGAUACAUAAACAUAUGUAUAUAUAUUAUGUACAUAAAUUAUGUAUAUAAUGAAACCAGUAAUGAGAGAAUGCAAUAAUUGCUCUACAUCAGCUAUUUUUCCGACAUCAAUGUUCGUACUCGCUCAGAGCGUCGCUAAACUGACGUCACACAAAAUGCCACCAUCUUGUAUUCCCCGGCAUAAACAAAUAACAAUUAUUAUAAAAUAAACAUAAAUUUUCGGUUAAAAUGA